GGGCUUCAUUGUGCCAGACACUUCAGCAAUCAAGCCUCAAACGGGCUAUCUUGAGGUUCCCCCUUCGCUCAUCCAACUCUGCAACAAACAACACAGCAGCAACUUGGUCGACACAAAAAUAACCAGGCUUUGAGGCUCUCGUUCAAUCUCCUAGGUUUUGGGUCUCAAAGGAACUGUCUUUAUAAGUUAAGAUUCUGGUUUUCGGUGGAGCUACCUUGUAUAACAGAUAAAGAAUCUUGACUGGAAGGAAAGAUGCCACAUAGAACACGGCCGAUGACUGCACUCUUGGUGUUCUCUGGAAUCAAUGUGGUCUUGGUAUCAACCAUUACUCCAGUCUAUGAUUUUGUUUGCUUCCUUCCUUACUGGGAAAGAAGGAGAGAACGCUGCCGUCAGGAACGCCAAGCUGCCUUAACAAAGGAUUCCAAAUGAAUAGAGAUGAGUCUUUGAGGUUAGAAAUUUAUGAUGAUUGGUUUGUAAUUGACCUUGUGAGGUUAGAAAUUUAUGAUGAUUGGUUUGUAAUUGACCUUGUGACGUUUAAUAUUCGCCUACUUCUUCUCCCAUCAGAAUAUACAAAAAAAAAUGUUAAGUUUAAAACUUCCUUGAUCAGAGCAUAUAAUGGCACCUGGUUCAAUUUUGUAGCAGAAAGAUUUCAUGGAGAAACUUGAUUGAGGUAUCAGAAUGGCUCUCUGAGGUUUGGUUGGGAAGCGUGUGGUAGGUUUAGCAAUACUAUUUUUACACCUGUGACUUUUCCACUCUAGCUGGAUCCACCUGACGACAUGUUAUUUAAAGAGAAAUGAUAGAUUUUCCUCACAGGUUUCCGUUAGUUGCGUGUCUUUUAUGCUUUAGCCAUGGUCAUGCCUAGUGUUACAGGGACUACCAUUGAUGCAAACUUUCAACUGGAAAUCCCUUGAAAUUUAAGCUAUUACUUUGUA